GGCACCAGGGUGGGGGAUAUAGGGGCCUCUCCCCCCCCGCCUGGCUGUGGGACCGGUGGGUUCGGGCUCCUGGUGACGGCCAUGUGCUGCAGGAGGAGGUGAAGGUGAAGAUGAAGGAGCUGAACGAGCACAUCGUUUGCUGUCUCUGCGCUGGGUACUUCAUCGACGCCACCACCAUCACCGAGUGCCUGCACACCUUCUGCAAGAGCUGCAUCGUGAAGUACCUGCAGACCAGCAAGUACUGCCCCAUGUGCAACACCAAGAUCCACGAGACGCAGCCGCUGCUCAACCUCAAGCUGGACCGCGUCAUGCAGGACAUCGUCUACAAGCUGGUGCCUGGCCUGCAGGAGAACGAAGAGAAGCGGAUCCGCGAGUUCUACCAGUCGCGCGGCCUGGACCGGGUGGCACAGCUGGGCAGUGAAGACCCGGUAGGGGGUGACCCCAUGGGGCUGCCCUACAGCAGCUUCGACCACUCCCGCGCCCACUACUUCCGCUACGACGAGCACGUCUCGCUGUGCCUGGAAAAGCAGAGCACCGGCAAGGACAAGAGCAAGGCCGUCCUGCAGAAGUACGUGCGCUGCUCCGUCCGGGCUCAGGUGCGGCACCUGCGCCGGGUCCUGUGCCACCGCCUGGGGCUGGCGCUGCAGCACGUGCAGCUGCUCUUUGAGGGCGAGGUGCUCCCAGACCAUAUGACCAUGAAGCAGCUCUGGCUCUCGCACUGGUUCGGCAAGGUGGGUGUGCCGGAGGGGCUGCUGCCGGGAGGGUGGUGGUGCUGAAUGGCAGGACAAUGGGGCGGUGCUUGGCCCUGCACCCCGCAGGGGUCCCUGGGGCAGGGCCCAGGCUCCACAGUGGGGUCUGGGGGGUCCGUCAUUGUCCC